AGUAAAUGGACAUCAAUUCCAAAGUGUGUGAAGAUUAUUGAGUCGGCCAAAAUUUUGCACUCGUUAUAAUUCAUAUCAAUUAUACUUACUUUAUAAUGAAGAUUCUAAGGAAACACUUAGUCCUACUGGUGUAUUGUGUUACUCUAUAAAACUUUACGGUUUAAAACCAGAGGGAAAAUUUAAUAAAAUUUAAAAUAUUCUUUAAGCAUAUAUAUUGUAGGUAAUUGAAAUUUUUUGGGAAGCAAGACGAAUAUUAUUAACAGUAGCAGCUCAAGUAACUACAGAACAUACAACUCUUCAAUUGAUGUCGUUUGUAUUGGAAUGACAAAAACAAUAACAACAACAAUAAUCUUUUUGCAAUUCAUUGAACCUAUACAAAAUCUAUACAUUUUGAACAAAAAAUCAAUAUUUAAAGAAGAAAACUGUGUCAUUCCAUCAAGAGAAUACAUGGGUGUACAAUAAGGUAAUCAUCACGCUAAAAUUUCAUUUACUCAGCAAAAGAUUUCUCCUUGAUGCAGAUUAAGUAUUCUCUAGAUUAAGCUUCCGUUUUCAAAUAAAUAAAGUAAAAUAAAACAAACAUUACAUAUAUAAUUUUCUGCAAUAAAUACCGAACACACAAAAUCCUACAGACAACAACAUAUUCUUUAACUUUUGCUCACCAAGUCUUCGAAAAAUUUCACUUCAAAUCCGGAUAUUCGAAGACUCCGAAUUUACAAAAAAUCCAUUUUUUUUUCAACUCCGAAGACUUCGUUUACUAUCCCAUUAAUCGAAUUUUCCGUAUAGUUUGUAAAACCGAAUACGUACAACACUAGUAUAUCUCAAUCCUACGUGAGGCAUACUACAAAAGAGGUUGGGGUAGCUGAAAACAGAUUGUCACUCCAACCUAAGCUGAUCUAUGUCUAUCUGUAUACUUUUUCUUUGUGCUUAAAACUCCAGUUUCUGGAGCUUUGUCACUGUCACGACUUCAUAACCAUGUAAUGGUUAUGUCUACAAAUGUAUAUCAAAUGUAGAGGAGAAUUUUAUUCAGGUGUACGAUCUCCGCUAAAGCUGCACCGUUUGUUACAUUUAAUAUGGAAUCAUGCUAAACAUUUAGCAGGCUAUGAACAACAAGACGCACAUGAAUUCCUUAUAACAACACUCGAUGUAUUGCAUCGGCACUGUGUUAAGGCAAUGAAUGAAAAUGAGAGUGUCAACAAAUUACCGCCAAUCGCUAAAAUCAACUGUCCAACACAAUGUAGUUGCAUUAUUGAUCAAAUAUUUACUGGCAUGUUGCAAAGUGAUGUAGUCUGUCAAGUGUGCAAGGGUGUUUCCACGACAAUUGAUCCCUUUUGGGAUAUAUCACUUGAUUUGGGUGAAGCCGAACAUGGCGGAGCCUCGCCGAAAACACUUAUCGAAUGCUUAGAACGAUACACACGAGCCGAGCAUUUAGGUUCUAAGCAGAAAAUUAACUGUUCCACGUGCAAUUCCUAUCAGGAAUCAACAAAGCAACUCAGUUUACGUACGUUACCCGUUGUUGCUAGUUUUCAUUUGAAACGCUUCAAGUAUUCGAAAGAUAAGAAAAUAGAUAAGAAAAUAUCGAAUUUUAUAUCAUUUCCUGUGGAAUUCGAUAUGACUCCUUUUAUGUCAGAGAAAGACAAGGUUUAUGGUGAUUUUCGCUAUUCAUUAUAUGCAGUUGUGAAUCAUUAUGGCACAAUUGGUAGUGGUCAUUAUACAGCUUACGUACGGCAUCACAGGGAUAUUUGGGUUAAGUGCGAUGAUCAUACAAUUACAUUGGCUACUUUGAAUCAAGUAUUAGAUAGUGAGGGAUACUUGCUCUUUUAUCAUAAAAAUAUAUUGGAGUAUGAAUAGAACGCGGUAUUAGCCAGGGCGUCACUAUCAAGAGAGAUAUGACAUUGAAGACGUCAUAACGCCAGUACUAUAAUGCAGUAUAUAUACUGACAAAAUAAAUAAAUGCAUUACAUAUAUACUAUAUACAUAUAGUUUUGCAGUCCCUCCUUUCAUCAUUUACGUCGUGGAGUUCUACAUAAAUAUAAUUGUUAGUUUACUUGUGUGUUGUGUGUUAAACAUUUUACUUACACUUAAAACAAUUUUGCGACUGCUCCUACAGAGAUUUGAAGAGAGACAGACUGCAUUUUAGUAUAUAAUUAUGUCAGUUACUAUUUAAAAUUUUUCAUAUUAUAUGGAACUUCUCUAAAAGACUUAGUUCCAAAGCUGUUUUCUUUAUGUUAACAACUACUGAAAAAAAAAACAUAUAUAAACGACAUGACAAAUAUUUUCUAAUGCUAAUGAGAUUUAUUCUAACAAUGUAAAUUUAUAGUUUUCGUUAUACUGCCUCUUACUUAUUUAAAGC